CUGUAUAUACCUCCCUCUCUCUCUCUCCCUCCCAUCACCCUGGGCGUUGCCAGCAGACUAUAAGUGCUUGGAUAAACUUUCCCUGGAGCGUCUCUCUGAACUUCUACUCCCUGCCACUGCGGUCACGCGUCCUGGUCCACUAAAAAAGGCACACAUUUCCACAGCCAUGACUAAAUUAGAGGCCUCCAUGGAGUCCAUUAUUAAGAUCUUCCACGAAUAUUCCAGUGAAGACAAGGAGGGGAAGACCUUAAACAAGAAGGAGCUGAAAAAGCUGCUGGAGAAUGAGUUACCCGGCUUCCUGAAAAGAAAUCCAAAUGCAGUGGACAGCAUCAUCAAAGAUUUGGACCAAAACAAAGACGAUAAGAUAAACUUUGAGGAAUUCAUCGGGUUCGUCGCCGGCCUCUCGAACGCCUGUGAGAAGUGUUACGAACUCUCUCAAAAGAAGCUCAAGCACUCUGCAGAUAUGGCUCGUCUGGAUCACGUCAUCACAAACAUUGUGGAUAUAUUCCUGGAGUACGCUGAAGAUGAGGGCAAGAAGCGCCAGUUAAACAAGGAGGAAUUAAAGAAAGUGUUGCAGCAAGAAAUACAAAGUCCCGAAUUGAAAGGUACAAUCAAUGCAGAUGAUAUUGAGGAAGCCAUGCAGAUGCUGGACAAAAACCAUGACGGUGAGGUCAACUUCCGGGAGUUUUGUCGGUGUGUGUCGGACCUGGCCAAGUGCCACUACAACAAGAAGACAGGCAAGGGAGGCAAGAAAGGCAAGGGCAAAGAACAGGAACCUGAGCAAGAAGACUGAAGAUUAACUCUUAAAAUGUUGGAAGCUCUGUAACAUAUUAGAAAUAUACUAUAUAUAUAUUUAGCAUAUACACAACUUAGAUGUCAUGUGUGAUCCAGUCUUCAAGCUGCUAUUGCUCUCAAGCUAUUUUGCACGUUUAAUAAAACUCAAGCCUGUUUCUUGUGUCUAAAAAAUGCAUGCAGCAUGUGAUGUUCACUUGUCUUUGAAUAACCUGCUUCCAUUCAAUAAAAACUGAAAAUAAACUUUCAAAAACGAA